GGUCGAGGUCGAUUUAAAGAACCAGGAAGUGAUCGUCAAUCUGUCAACAGCGGUAAAAAAAGUGCUCUAUUUUUCCCAUAUUAGCCUAUACCCAAUCAGACGCUGGUAUUUUACUAUUGACAUUGUUGAUAGCCAGAAGUAGUAUUUGAAGUCUCACCAGGUAACAGGUUCGACUUUCACUUCAGCGUUUAACAACGUCCAAACAGUUGAUAUAUUAACGUCAGUUGCUGGUCCUGCUCCCACCGACGAAGGUUUUUAAAGAAGAUGUUUGAGGCAUCCAUACACGACUUUGUAAAACAGGCUGGCGAGGACUGCUUGCAUCCGGUGCCAUCCCUUUUUGAAGCAGAUGCAUUUAAACCACUCCAAAUUGUUGUGAAGAAGAACCGACGAUUCUUUUGGCAGAGCCCAAAAUAUCAAACUCAAGACUUCAGUUUGGAGGAGAUUAUCAUAGGACAGGAAAAACUCACAGACGUCCCUGUCACAAAAGAUAUAUUUGUGGAGAAGUACUCCAAGAAGUCAAAAGUGUCUCUCUCUGGGAAAUUUGGUGCCAAAAUUAAAGCGGUAUUUGAGGUGGAUCUUUCUGGGAGUGAUUAUGUACAUGUGGAGUCGAACUUUGGUGACGUGGAAAAGGAAGUGGCUGAUGCGCAGAAGCUUCUCGAGGUCAUGAAAUCAAAGAAGUUGAACCUUGACCACAGCUUAGUGAAGCAAACACGUCUCAAACACCGUAAGGUCCUAUGUGUAGUGGUGGGCAUCGCUAGGACGACUCAAGAUUGCGUCAUUACCUUAGACACGGAAAAGAAAGCCAGCGAGGAGAUAGACAUCGAUAAGGACUCAAAGGAGGUGCAGUCAAAGUGCUUGCCUUCAAAGUCCACCAAAUCUGACAGCACCACACCCAAGAUUGUGGUAAAAGUGGCUGAAGAAGUUGGGUCUCUUAUUGAGAAGAAGCUGGAAGUCGUUGACAUCAACGAGAGUGGUUCAGUCGAUGACCAGAAGGAUAAGUCAUUCACUGUGAAGGCUGGCACGCCCCUCGCAUUCGAGGUGUAUGAACUGAUGGUGAAGAGCGAUGGGAGCAUAGAGAUCAUGUUUGAUCCAGACACCCCCGGGGGAUUCUGGUCAUCGGCAAAGGAUUCUACUGAUGGCACAACCGCAGUCAUACAUGCACUCAGUCAUUUCCAUCAUCACCUGGGAAAGCAUCAUGGAACUUUGACAGAUCUAUCCCUGUAUAGGACAUUUGCCCCUAUCAUUGACUUGAAGAGCGACCAGAGGGAGAAAUUCACCAAGACUGUUCUACACAUAUGUGAGACGCCGGUUGCGGUUGAUAAUUUUGUCACCCUGCUGAAGCAAGCAUACCACUCAGUCAAAAGUGGAGAGCGGAAGUACUCUGACAUUGCUGGCCUCAAGAAGACGUUGGGAUCGGAUGAUUCGUCCUGGACUGGUUUAUUGGAGUACGCUGGUUUCAAUUUGAAGAGCGAUAACAGUGUUGUCUUCCCCAUCACCAUAACAGACAACAUUCAAGCUUUGAGGGCCGUAUUUGAAGCUCUGCGGGAAAUGGAAGAUGACACUACACAGGCCAUUGCGAAGUGCACACGUAAUCUGUCAAAAGCCCUGCUGAACUUGUUCCAACAAGGUCUUGAUGGAAAAGAAAUGAAACUAAAGGACUCGCAAAUAAGUCAGAUUUAUGCGGAUUCCAGCGCCGGACAGGAGCUUGCUUAUGAACUGGGAUUCACUAUUAAGUCACAUGACACUGUUUGUCCACCGGCUCAUAAACAGCAAUUAAAAGGGGCAUAUCGGGCUGUGUAUGCCCUCUGGGGGACAAAGGAGGAAUCAGAUUAAACUAGGUGUAUUCACAUGUGUUGGUUGUGAAUUAAAGUCGUAGUACACCAGUAAACUUCCAUAUGAGACAACACUUCUAAUCAAAGAAGAUAUUUAUAUAUAUAAGGAUUCAAGUACCGUAGUUUCCUCACCAGUACACUGGACAAUAUGAGAUGUUCAAAUUGAUCGGAAAAUUGGUCACCUUUUGUUGAUGGAGAAAAUACUCCAUCUCUAGCUUUUUUUGCAAUUUUUUAGUUAGGCUUUCGCAAGCUUUCUAGGGGAUUGAUGGUGAACUCUUACUCCAUAUGUAUUGCAUGCACCAAAAAAAUAGCAGACCUGGUUUUGUUGUUAUAGGGGCUUGGGGCGUAGUGUGCAAAUUUAUUGUUGGGGGGAUGAUGUGUCUUUUAAUUAUGACAAGAUAGUAAUUUUUUGGUAAUUUUCUACUUUUGUAACACAUUUAGCUAGGAUUAAUUCAAUCAAUUGAAAUUAGAGAGUGUCAACUGACUGCUCUGCUGAACACUGGUAGAUAUGGGUUUAUUUAUACAAAUAAUGGAUGUGUUUAUGCUACAUUGUAAAACAUAAUUGUUAUUACAUUGUUGUUGACAAUAUUUUAAAAUGAGAACAUCAUUUGAUACAUACAGCUUUUUAAACUGGGCUCAAUUGAAUUGUGCGUCUGCUGGCUUUGGUAUUUGCACAUUUCUGUGUCAGCUGCUGAAAACAGUAACCUCACCCUGUACAGCUUGGUAAUUAGUAAUUUAUUAAAAGACAAGCCACAA